AUGUGCAUCGCGCUGAUCUCAACCGCGCACCCCCUCUACUCAUUAAUCGUCAUCGACAAUAGAGAUGAAUUCCUUCAUCGACCGACCUCGUCGCCGGACUGGUGGCCGGAGCCAUCUUCUUUUGUCCUCGGGUCACGCGAUUUAGCCCGAUCCGAGCACGGAACCUGGAUGGGAGUCACCAAACAGGGCAAAGUUGCAGUGCUCACCAACUACCGUGAGCAAAAGUCUUCCGAGGCUAUUGGGUGGCACAGUCGCGGGAAAAUCGUCAAUAGUUGGUUGACGAGCCCGCCCGCGGAAAAGCAGACCACACUUGACUUUGUGCAGGCGAUGGUUGCUAGUCCUGAAGCAAAGCAGGUAGGCGGGUUCAGUCUCGUGUGCGGUCACAUCAAUGAGCCUUUGGCCAUCGUCUCCAACCGUUCUCGCGAUAUGGAGCAGAUCAUCUGGGUGGCAUCCGAGAAGAACCAGACUCUCGGGCUCAGCAACACCAACUUUGGAGAUCGAACGUGGCCGAAGAUCAUUGAAGGGGAGAAGUUGAUGGAAAUGGCUAUCAAAGAGCAUGUCCAGGCUCAGGAGGAUGAGGAUGCUCUGGUGGAGCGUCUACUUCAGGUGCUGAGUACCGAUACUCUGCCUCGCUUGCCGAAGGAGAGUAGCCUCGACGAUUAUAUCCCAUUCAUACCGAAGAGUAUAUUUGUUCCAGUUAUCGGGACCGAUGUGGCUGUAGCGUGCACCGAGGAUGAAACCAAGAAGCCGCCGUCGAAUGGCCUUAUGGACCCAAAGUUUUUUAGUGGACUUUAUGGUACGCAGAAACAAACUGUCCUUCUGGCACAGACAAAUGGACGAGUGCGGUACUUUGAGCGAACACUAUACGACAACCAAGCUAACGCGGUCCCCGCCGGACAAGGUGACAAGUGCAUCGAAUUUACUGCUCAGCCCGAGACGGCAAGCACAAAUGGUCAUUGA